CGCGUCAACACGUUGGGGUGGAGACAGGCAGCGCGCAGGGCAGCCCGAGGGAGGUCCCAGCAGACCCCGCGCGGCGCCGGAGGGGACCUCGAAGCACGGCGGCGCCAUGCCGAAGUCCAAGCGAGACCGCAAGGUGUCCCUGACGCGGACGCCCAGAAAGGGUUUGGAGGCCAAGCAGGCGCUGAUCGCCGAGCUGCGGCGAUGCGUGGACACAUACAAGUACAUUUUCGUCUUCUCCGUCGCCAACAUGAGGAACAACAAGCUGAAGGAUGUCCGGAACGCCUGGAAGCACAGCAGGAUCUUCUUUGGGAAGAACAAAGUCAUGAUGGUGGCACUGGGACGUGAGCCGAGCAGCGAGUACAAGGAGAACCUACACAAGGUCAGCAAACACCUGAGAGGUGAAGUCGGCCUCCUCUUCACUAACCGCACCAGGGACGAGGUGGACGAGUGGUUCUCCAAAUUCAGAGAGGUGGACUUUGCCCGUGCAGGGAACAAGGCGACGUACGCGGUGAGCCUGGACACGGGGCCCUUGGAGCAGUUCCCCCACUCCAUGGAGCCUCAGUUACGGCAGUUGGGACUGCCGACGGCGUUAAAGAAAGGAGUGGUGACGCUACUUUCAGAUUACGAAGUCUGCAAAGAAGGGGACGUUCUUACCCCCGAACAAGCCCGCGUCCUGAAACUCUUUGGCUACGAGAUGGCGGAGUUUAAAGUCACCAUCAAAUUUGUGUGGAAUUCUGAGACGGGAGACUUCCAGAAGCUUGUGGGAGACACAGCGGAGGGGGAGGAAGAGGAGGAUGACGAUGAUGAAGACAGCAAUGAGGACUAGCUGUGGUCCUUGGCUUGGACUCUAGACGGUUCUACUCUAUUUUAGAGACAAGAGGAGGAGGAUGUUUCCCUUCCCUGUUUGCACCCAGAGGAGAAGGGCGAUCAGCGCAAAUGUGCUUUUCAUAAAAGAUACCUAAUUAUGCUUUUUUUAAAAAUACAAAUCUAUAUAUAAAACUUGA